UGAGUUUCUAAUUCCGUGAGGCUACGGCACCAUCUAGAGGUGAAUUCAGGCAACUUCCUGUUUGAAAGACAUUUCCAACAUGGCUGCUCCCUUGUAGACGUUUUCAGGCGAACUGCUCGUGUGAAGUGGCUGCAAACCAUGAGGAAUGUGCAGCCACCAUGGAUGCAAAAGAAGUAGUCCACUGUGCUGUGCAGAUAGAGAGAUCCCUUGCAGACAGAAGCUACAGGGACAUCUUGACCCUCCUUGGUGACGUUGAUAAGUUGCGCGUCACAGCAGAGCAGCUGGAAACAACCGACAUUGUUAGAGUACUCUACAGGCUCCUGAAGAGCUGCUCUGAUGUCAGCGUGAAGAAGACAGCGAAGAGCUUGUUGUCUAAGUGGAAGAGGCAGUACAGCAAAGAUACACAAGGUGUGAAAUGCACGGGAGAUCCCGAGCUGUCUCGCAGGGUUCCUCUUCCAGAUGAGGCAGGCGAUGGAGGAGUUUCCAAGCAUGGGGAUUUCCACAUUGGUUCUGCACACACCCGUGGCAGUAAGGUGGAGUGUGCGGAGCAGGAAGCCUCAUCCUCCAAGACAAACGAUGGCCUUUCUUUCACUGCAGAGAGUACACCCGCAUGCUGUAGUUUCUCAUCCGUACGAUCUAAAUGUGUCCAGCUCCUUCUUGCUGCCCUCUGCCCUGAACUUCCUGAUCAAGACAAGGCUGCAGAGCUGGCUACAGAUAUUGAGCAGCACGUCCACGAGCUCCACAAAUCCUACCAGGGCAAAUACAAAGCAUGCGUGAGGAGCAAGGUGGCCAACUUGAGAAAUUCUAAAAACAGGCAUCUACGCCAGGGCCUCCUGAGCGGCUCGCUGUCGCCUGAGGCCUUCGCCCGGAUGUCUCCGGAGGAGAUGGCCAGCGCAGAGCUCCGGAAGCUUAGAGAGGAGUACUCGUCCCGGGGUGUGAGCGAAAGGCAGCUUCCUCAAGGGAUAGAAGGCACGCAGACACAGAAGAUAAGGUGCAAACGAUGCGGCGGGUCGGACUGUCGGGUGACGCAGGUGUCCAGGGGUGCCCUCUUCCUGCCUGCGUGGGUGAGGCAGAGCGGCCUGGAUGAAGACGCGAUGACCUUUGUGACCUGCAGCGUGUGUGGGCAGCAGUGGUACCACAGCAGCUGGGUCUGCCUCUGAUAACAAGGAUCAGAUUAAUCAUUCAGUCUGAAAACAACAAUGACGAUGAAUGAAAGAAUAACAAGAAUGUACUUGUUUGUAUAUGAAUAUAUGAAUGUAUUUUUUUUGUUUUAUGAUUGUUAACAAAGUACCUUUGGGUUGUGGAGUGUAAGAUAGAUAGAUAGAUAGAUAGAUAGAUAGAUAGAUAGAUAGAUAGAUAGAUAGAGAGAGAGAUAAAUAAUUUAUUUCCCAAUAAAAUGGGAAAUGACAGUGCAGCAGCAAAAGCGGUCACACAGCACAGAAUAUAAAUAAAUGAAAUCAGAUUCAGAAUCAGCUUUAUUUGCCAGGUAUGAGGACACAUAUGAGGAAUUUUACUACUACGAAUACUAGGAAUAGUAUUGCUAAUACUAGGAUACAAUAUACAUACAUACAAUAUACAUGAAAUAAUAGAAAUAAAAUACAGAACAAAUAUUUCAAUAUAUAUAUGUUGAGCAUACAAAAAUGUGCAACUGCUUAAAUAGUAUGAUAAAAUGUUAAUAGACCAAUCUUAGUACUAGAGUUGGACAAAACAAGAUGAUGUUGGACAUUGUGUUUUCAGUACUACCUGAGAUUUUUUUUGGUGCAAACAUAGGUGCAUGAUUAAUUAAGAAAAUGAUCAGCAGAUGACUUGGUCAUUAAAAUACUUGUUAGUUAAGCCCUAGAUGGUCUCGCAUUGCCAGACCAUUUCUUAGAGCCCAAGUUUACAAAGUUCUGUUGGCCAAUCCACACCGAAUCUUUGAGGAGCUGAAAUGUUAUUACUUGAUAAAAUGUCCAACUGCUAUUGAUUUUAUC